AUGGAAACCUACUUCUCGGUUGUCUUCCGUGAGUACAAUCUAGUGGAUCGUGUCGAUGGCUCCGUCGACUCGAGUGACAUGAAGGAGGACUCCGAGUGGACCACCAUCGACGCUACGCUCAUCCGGUGGUUCUUCCUCACCAUCUCGAAGCACCUGUUUCUCAAUGUCGUGAGCGAUGGUGACGAUGCACACGCCGUUUGGGUCAAGCCCAAUGGCCUCUUCACCGACAACCGCCUUCAGCGCUGCGCUUUUUUGCAGCAAGAAUUUUUUGGCUGUCAUCAGGAUGAUCAAUCCAUAGAUGACUAUUGCCGCCGCCUCAAGACGCUGUCUGAUGAGCUUUGUGACAUCGGCACCAAGAUCGACGACGAUCUCCUUCUCAGCAUGCUCACGCCCGGCCUCAACGAGGAUGUCGACAACGCCUCCGCCAACCUCACCUUGAUGUCGGGGCCCUCCUUCCCCAAGUUCAUCGCAUACUUGCGGUUGGAGGAACACCGGAUGAAGCAGGUGAAGAAGCGGGUGCAGCACACCGCCCUCGUCGCCGGCACCUCCUGUGGUGCCGCACCACCGACCGCACCACCGGCGCUGCGGACGCCGGCGCCUUCCACGCCUCUGGAGUUUUACCUGCUGCCGCCCGCGCCACCCGCCCCUCCCGCGCCCCAACCAUAG